UUAUGGUCAGUGGGGGGAAAAAAUGCGCAUGGCGAUUUUGGGAGUAAAAAAUGCGCACCCAUUUCUACAGCGCUGUGGAGGAGUAACCAACAGUUGGAGAUAAGGCAUGAUAAACCAAACCUUUGAUGAUAGUUUCAAUGAAUACCAAAUCCAAAAAUAGUGCACUUUUGUUUUUCAUUACGUAUUUGAAAAGCGGAAGCUCCAAUUUAUGAUGAUAUCAAGUUUUCCAUGACAACGGUAAACUUUUCGAUUUCUCAGCUCAUUGACUGCAUUCCAAAGGUAUUAUCACAGCAUUACACUACUUCAGUGUUGAGGUCAUUGCCCAUAACCAGAUGUUGUUGCUCCUCCCAAGUGGCAUGUCUAGAGGGGCCUGCGCAUUUUUUAACCUCAAAUUUUCUGUAGUGAGGGGAAAAAAUGCGCACCAUAAAGUUAUAUUUUCGUCGGAAAAAGGCUCUGUAUCUGUUCUUAAAACAUGUGACAUAUGCAAGAAUGAAACCAUAUUUCACAACCAUAUGGAUUUGGGAAAAUUAUUUUCUAGAAACCAAGAAGUUUACAUAAAAGGUCAAGUUAUAACUUUCUAAAAAGACUUUGGAUCCUUUUCAUAAGAGCAUUUGCCUUUCUAAUAAUUCUUUUAAAAACGUAUCAAAAGACGCUUUGCAUGGAAUAUACCAAGAAGUUAUCUUGUGCAGAGGGGCAGAGGGGAAUACCUUAUCUCGGGGGGAUGUCAAAGUUUUGAUUCCGUCAGCUGAUCUAACUGUCGUCAGAUGACUAUGAUGUAAUAUUUAAAUUUUACCUUGCUGAAACAGCAAUAAGUGAAUUACAAUAGAUGCUAUUUAUGGGCCAUUUUAUGUCUUGCGUGUCUCUUGAUGGCUAUAAAAGCUUUUCCACUGAAGACAAGAUCAGUUUAUUUUAGAAGACUACAAAUUAAGUCGCAUUGCAUAGAUUGAAAGCAAAAUGCCGAGGACGUAUGUAAAAAAAGCAAAAUCUUGGCAAGAGAGCGAUAUGGAGAACGCUUUGCUAGAAGUUUCAAGGGGCGAUUUAAGCAUCAGGAAAGCUGCAAAGACAUAUGGUUUAUCAGAAUCGAACAUCCGCCGUCGAAUUGGCAAAGAGAAGAUUGGAGUGCCCGUAACACACCAAGGGCGAAAUCCGAUGCUGGACAAAGAGACGGAAAAAAAUUUGGCUGAAUGCAUCAAUGUUAUGUGUAACCUUGGUUUUAGCCCCAGCACAAGUGAAAUAUUGGAGCUGGUCACUGAAUAUGUAGCCAAGAAUAACAUCGUGGUACCUCUGUUUAAAGAUGGCAAACCAGGAAGAUUUUGGCUGGCUGCUUUUAUGAAAAGGAACAACCUUUCUCUGAAGAAGGCAGAAAUGAUCAGUGUGGCCAGAAAAUCAGCAACAGGAAACCCUUUCGUAAUAUAUGACUUUUAUGAAAAAAUUGAUGAACUGGUCAAGGAAAAAGCAUUUAAGCCUCAUCAGAUAUGGAAUUGCGACGAAUCUGGUUUCCCGAAUGACCCCCAGCGAUGCAGAGUGAUUGGGAAAAAAGGCCAACGCACAUUCAGAAUUACAUGUGGUCCCGGAAGGGAAAACACAACAACACUUGCAGUUUGCAAUGCUGCUGGCCGUGCUCUCGACCCACUGGUGGUUUUUUCCGGGAAAAAUCUACAGUCAACAUGGCGAGGAGAACGAGCACUGAAGGACACCUGGUAUGGAGUUUCAGAGAACGGAUGGAUGACAAGUGAGCUCUUUGCAUCUUGGUUUGACUUAUUUGCCAAAAAGGUCACAGAGCGUCCACUGCUGCUUGUUUAUGAUGGUCAUCUCACUCAUGUGACUCUGCCAGUUAUAGAGAGGGCAAGAUCCGAAGACAUUACUAUUGUCAAAUUGCCUCCCCAUACUACAGAUCUCCUUCAACCACUAGAUGUUGCCUGUUUCGGACCACUAAAAAGGCUAUGGGGACAGAAACUGAAUGAUUGGGUCAGCCAAUGGGGUGCACGAGAACCAGUAAGAAAAGCGCAGUUUGUCAACCUGUUGUCGGAAAUUUGGCAUCUUGGUUUAUCUUCUCAAAAUAUAAAAGCAGGGUUUGAAGCCACUGGGAUUUUUCCUGUCGAUAGCUCAAAAUACCCAAUUUCAAGGCUGGAUGCCAACAUGCUUAAAAAGUACAAGACCUGGGUUGAAUCUGGUAAACCAGAAAAUGCUCUUGACAACCUGUUGCACGAAGCAAGGACCAGUCCAAAAAAAGCAGCAUCGCCAAAGAAAAUGUCAACCCCCAAGAAGACAUCAACACCAAAGAAGUUUUCUCCAAAAAAAACAGCAUCCUUUAAAGAACAAGCUUCACCAGAUUGCCCUGCCUGUAAGGAACUUGGUCCUAUGCCAUCAAAUGCACCAGAAGGAAAGCAGUGGAUAAGAUCCUGGAUUUUAGUCAACGACCCUGUGGUUGUCGCUACAGACUCUUCACCCUCAACUUCAGCAAGUUUUGAAGAACUUAUUUUGCACAAAAUUAAGGACUCGUCAAAAAAGGAAACCAAGAAGCGAAGGAAGAUUGACCUGAAGACAAGAGUUGUGACCGAUGACGAUUUUUACAAAGCAAUUAAGGAAAAGGAAGAGAAUGAACCAAAGAAAGGAGGUAUCAGAAAAAGAGGAAGACCAAGUAAGAACGCUGUUCAAGGAGGCGCAGAAUGCAACAUCUCAGCCGGGAAGCGACGACGAACCGAAUCAAAUAUCGCAAAUGACGAAGCUAUCUCAGACGAUUCAACGGAUAGUAAUGAUUCCCAGAGUGACUGGAAAGAAACAAAUAAUGGAAAAGAAGUCGGAGAAAUACAAAAAGAGCAAAAAGGCCAGGAAUCUGCGGCAAAAAACAGAGGAAACACUGAAGAAAGUUUGGCUAUGGAGAUCAGCCUGAUAACGGAACAAAUGGAUGAUGACAAGAAAGGUCUUUUCUAUUGCGUUUAUUACGGGGACCAGUUUUAUUGGGGGAAAGUACAAAAAACGUUUGCACAGGAUCCUGAUGACAAUGCUGACACAGUAGAGAUGAACUUCCUCCGUUAUCGAGGUGAUGGAUUUUGGGAUUUCCCUAAACUGCAAGAUGUUGAAAUCGUUGAUGUGAAGUACCUGUUUCUUGGCCCAUGUCAACCAUCGCAAAUCGUCAGUGGCAAAGGAUACAAAUUCGAAGAAGAUUCAGCUGCACACUCACGAUUCAGUAUAAUAAGAAAACAUGACUUCUACGGAUGUUGAAACUAUUUUUUAUUAGCUGUAUUUUUAGCUUAUUGACAUAUGUAUUUUUUGUAUUAAAUGGAAAUCUUGAUUUAAAAAAAUUAUUUACAGCAAAUAAAAACAAAUUUAUUGAAUCAAAUCAACAUUUUUUCAUAAUUGAGAGGUGCGCAGUUUUUUGCCACAUGUGCGCAUUUUUUCUCCUUUUUGUGGUUAAAAAAUGCGCACCAGUUUUUCAUUCUUAAAAAAUAAUCUCUUAAAGAAUGGGUAGCAAUUUUUUGUUGCUAAAGGAACUUAUCAGGGCUACUUUGUAACUAUACAUAAUUUUUUCCAAUAUGUGUGAACAAUCGGGGGGAAACCGAAAAUUUCUCAAAAAUGCGCAUUUUUUCCCCCCACUGACCAUACAUCUCAUAUAAAAAAAAUUUAAAAAUUCCCAAAAUUGAAAUUCCUUUUACUCAAUGAAUUGCUUUUAUCACCAAUCUAACUCGGGUGUAACAGAAUUUGAACAUGCUUUUUGGUUCAAACAAUGAAAAAAAUAAUACCAAUCUUUUUUAAACAUUGAUGUUUAAGUUCAUCUUUGUAAGACAGAAGAUUCUUAUCAAAAUAUUACUUAACUUCCCAGCAGACUGGCUAUGUGAC